CUUGAAUUGUUCUUGUGUUUAGAGAUGAUUAACGAAGGAUUUGAAUGGAUGAGAUGAUCUCUAAGUGAAUUAACAAUAAAAGCUUAUAAACAUAAAAUGUAUAUGAAGAGUAAAGAUACAGCAAAUAUUAUUAUAAUUUAUAUGCUUUGUAGUUCUUACUUGAAUUGGUAAAAGUUUAAGGGAUUUUUUAGUUUUUAGGGGAGAAAAAGAAAUAAAAGUGGUUUAAAAUGAUGAAAUGUUGUAGUAGAAGGGAUGAGAUUGAAUGAAUGAUGGAUGAGGAAUAUUAUAAAAUGAUUUAAAAUCUAAUUAAAAAAGUGUGAAUGAUAAUCAAUGUUGCAUCAUUAGAUUAUGAAUUAAUGAUAAAGAGAGUCCAUGAAAUGUAAAUAGUGCG